AUGUUCAUUCCUAAAACGACUUUCGUCCUAGCUGUGACGAUGCUUCUGGUGGCCUCUGGCCUUGCAGCACCGCUUGAACAACAACACGGUGCGCUGGUCAACAUGACCAACUCCAACCCCCUCGGCUUCAGUGACAGCGAACAAGCAACCAAAGACUUCGAUGGAUCGGAUAUCUCCCACUUGGGCACUCUUAUGGUUCGCGGAACGGACAAGGGCAUUUGGGCAGAGAGAACCAACAGGGAGGAGCAGUUCGUCCAAGACACGCUGUCGAAUCUGUCGAAUCUGCUGCCUGAGAAGAACAUACUCAUCUUCCACGACCAAAAGAGUCAGGCGUGCUUGUAUGGAAAUCCCUACCAUGAGCACUUUGAGCUCAACGUCGACUAUGGAGGAAGAAAAUUGACCAAGGGAUACGAAAUCCAUCUUUUCGAUGGUCAUGGAACCUUCACCCUCCACGGCGAUGGCGGCUGGAGAAAUUGGGGUGUCACCGGCUGCUACAAGCGAACGGGCGAGAAGACAGUCGAAUUCUACAAGGUCAGCAGAACUUGUCCAGAGCUGUACGCACGCAAACAUUACGUGUACACCACCGACAACACACCACCCACUCUGGCGGAUCUGCAUCUCUUUUAAGAGAGUCACAGAGCCAUGGUGGUCCAGACUUGACCUUGAUCCAGCGGCUUUGAUAACCCAACAAGAGAGGAUUGUUCCAAGACAAUUAUCAAGAUGGAGAGGUGUUCAAGGGGACCAUCGUGAACUUGCGGAAGGAGCAGAGGGGAAAGAAGGAGCGGAAGAAAAGGAAAAGGGAAAGGGAAAGGGAAAGAAGCAGAGGAGAAAGAAUCGAGUCGAGAAUCCCAGGAAACUCUACCUGUAC